AUGGUCAAAGCAGAGAUGGAACUCAUGUCCGGUCCUCGCGUUUUCGGGGUCCGACGCUGGAAUCGCAAAUGGCUCAAUCAUGUCGUCGAUUCUGCUGCCAAUCGAUGGGGGUGGAUGGCCAUGACACAUAAUGUGGUUAACUCAAUUGGAGCCGGAUCUUUCUCUCCUCUCUCUCAAAUUCUCUUUCAGAUAUUUCUUUCUUUUCUCUCUCUCUCUCUUAACUUCUCUUUUAGAUAUUUUUCUCUCUCUCUCUCUCUCUUUUUAGUUCUUUCUGUCACUUUCAAUUUAAUCUCUUCAUUCCCCAACUUUAAGAAAACGGUUGUCUGUUAUAUUUUUCUUUUUCCUACUCUUUACACCUAUACUACACAUGACCUUCAUUCAAACACUAGUUGUCCAGUUCUUACCCUUCCUACUUUUGUAUAUGUUCAUCAUUUCCUUCCUCCUUUCUUUUCCCUAAAUACCACAGGGGUGAAAGGUCAGCUGAAUCAGAGUUGCUGUGGUUAUCUUUUGACCAUAUCUAUUGUCUAUUCUUCUUCAUCCUUGUUCUAA